AUGGCCGAGUCUACCUCGAUUGACGCACAUCCACACGACGGUCAUGGCGAGCAUCACUCGCCGCGACCGCGUAAACCCAAUCACAUCGACUUCCUCAAGCCUCGACUCAGCGAUGAAUCCGUGACGCAACACUUGGAGGCAGGAUCAGGGGUCUCGAGUGGUAGAACAACUCCCAUCCCCGUCGAUGCCCUGCCUUCCGUCCAGGCCGCAUCCUCUGCGCGCCGACAGAUUCGAGCUCAGCAGAAGCGGCGCAUGUUCCCUACCGUAGACUAUGUUGAUCGCGUCUCCCACUUCGACCCAGCGAGCGACUACCAUGACUUCCGCGGCUUCUUUGUGCUCUUCUGGAUUGGCCUGGCCAUCAUGGUCAUCACUUCAAUGCUUCGCACGGCAAAGGAGACCGGAUACCCGUUCCAGAUCAGGCAGUGGAAACUAUUCAAGGAGAAGAUAUGGGAGCUGGGCCUCGUGGACGGUGCCAUGGUAGGGAGCACUGCGGUGGCACUCCCACUCCAGAAGCUGUUCCUCAAGGGGAAGGGGCCACUGCGCUGGAGUCAGCUUGGUAUAGCGAUCCAGAGCAUAUACCAGGUCUUUUGGCUCUCGUUCUGGUGCACGUACCCUUUUAUUCGCGACUGGAGCUGGACUGCUCAGGUCUUCUUCACCCUGCAUUUACUUGCGAUCUUCAUGAAGAUGCAUUCAUACGCCUUCUACAACGGCCACCUGAGCGAAACGCUGCGCCGUCUGAACGAUCUCGACAGCCCUGAGAAAGCCAGCAAGACAGCAGCGGUCCGAUACCCGAAACCGCGCACGCACUUACAUGAGAUCCCGCAAUCUCCCAGUCAGGUAGAGCCUGAUGCUGCAAACAAAGAGUCUUUGCGCCAGCUUCGCGAAGAUCUUGCCUUUGAGCUCUCGUCACCUCUCGGUCGUGUUUCUUACCCAGAGAACCUCACUAUGUACAACUGGAUAGACUUCAUUUUCUGUCCGACCCUGUGCUACGAGCUUGAGUAUCCUCGUGUAGCCUACAUUCGCCCGCUAGAGGUCUUCUACAAGGUACUGGCUGUCUUUGGAUGCAUCUUCCUGAUGGUCAUCACGACAGAGGAAUUCAUCCUUCCCGUACUGGACGAGUCUGCCAUUGCCCUGCACCACUCGAAGGGUACUUUGGACUUUAGUCUGAUCUUGGCAGAGACUAUCGGUCGACUGCUCUUUCCCUUCAUGAUCACGUUCUUGCUAACGUUCCUCGUCAUUUUUGAAUACAUCCUGGGCGCUUUCGCAGAGCUCACACGGUUCGCGGACCGGCAAUUUUACGCGGACUGGUGGAAUAGUUGCGACUGGCUCGAGUUCUCCAGGGAAUGGAAUUCCCCUGUACACCACUUCUUCCGUCGACAUGUCUACUCGGCAUCCAAGAACCAUCUGUCGCGCCCGCUUGCCACGGUCAUUACCUUCUUCAUCUCUGCCCUUGCGCAUGAAUUAGUCAUGGGCUGCAUCACGAGAAAGUUUAGGGGCUAUGGCUUCAUCGCUAUGAUGCUCCAGAUGCCAAUAGUUGUAGUGCAGAGAAGCAAGUGGAUCAAGGGACGGACCUUAUUGAACAACGUUCUGUUUUGGUGCAGCAUGAUCCUAGGGUUAAGCAUGAUGUGCGCACUAUACGUCCUCGUGUAA